UUUGUUUUUGUUUUUUUUUAAAUAAAAUCAAAUAUUUUGAAUCAUUAAAAUUGUUAAAUAAAUUGAAUCAAAGAUGUCUGAUGAUGAUAAUAAUCAACAACAACAACAACAGAAUCAGCCAAUUGAAAAGUCCAAAGCUGAAUUGGAUAAUGACAUUCAGAAUAAUUUGCAAAACAAUGACGAAGAAUUUAGUGAAUUUCGACAGAUGAUUUGUUCAAUCAUUCCUCCAUUACAACCUGAAUUUCAUAAAGGUCAAGCUGGUCGUAUUGGAUUAAUUGGUGGUUCACGAGAAUAUACUGGUGCACCAUAUUUUUCUGCAAUAAGCGCUAUGAAAACCGGUGCUGAUUUAUCAUAUAUUUUUUGUAGUUCAGAUUCAGCAUCGGUAAUCAAAUCAUAUAGUCCAGAAUUGAUUGUAUAUCCAGUUUUGGAUCAACCAAAUUUUCUUGAUGAUUUUAAUGCAAUUUUACCGAAAUUACAUGUACUUGUUAUUGGUCCAGGACUAGGCCGUAAUGAUCAAAUAUUGUCAAACAUUGGUACGGUAAUCGCACAGGUUAAAGAACGAAACAUGCCAAUCGUAUUGGAUGCUGAUGCCUUAUAUUUCAUAUCAAAAUGUCCGGAAAUUGUUCGUAGCUAUACAUCGGCAAUAUUGACGCCGAAUGUAGCUGAAUUUGAUCGACUAUAUUCUGCAGUGUUUCGAUCGGAUUCAAAACUAUCAAACAAAAAUGUUGGUGAUGAUGACGCACGAUCGGCUGUUGAAUUAUUAGCAAAAACACUUGGUCAUAUUACCAUAUUACGAAAAGGUCCAGUUGAUAUUAUAUCGAAUGGUUUAAUCACCUAUGCAUGUCGUGAACAGGGAAGUAAUCGUCGUUGUGGUGGUCAAGGUGAUUUACUAUCCGGUGCAUUAGGUACAUUUACACAUUGGAGUCAUAAAGCAUUCGAAUCGAAUCAAAUUUCUGGUUCAUCAUCAAUUUAUCAAAAUUAUUCACCAACAUUGUUAGCCUGUUUAGCAGCAUCAAUGUUAACAAGACGUUGUGCACGAUUAGCAUUUCAAAAACAGGCACGAAGUACAACAACCACUGAUCUUAUUAAAGAGAUUAAAAAUGCUUUUACCACAUUAUAUCCUGUUGACUAA